ACCUUUUUAUAGCUCAGUGAUGGACUUUAUUGUUUUUGUUUAGUAAGACCUACAUAAGUGGGUGAAAGGGUGUUCCAGCUCAUGACUGUGUUGGCUGGUGGCGCUUUCUCCAGGUGUUUCCAGAUGUUUCUAGUCACAGGUCUGGAAAAAAAAUUGUGACACAAAUGACUAAGAAGGGAAAGAGAGAGAGAGAGAGACCGGGCGGGGCUAAAGAAGUACUUGAACGGUCCACGAUGAUUCGGUUUAUUCAUUCAAAGAAUAACUACGAGCCAUGUCUGUGUACAGCUCGCUGGGUAGAGAGUCAUCCUCACUGUGGACUUUCAUCCUGUGCUCGGCUUUGCUCGUCUGGACUCCUGUUCAAGCUAUUCCGACAUCCCGUGAUGGGACAGGAAGUCUUUUUAGAAGUCCAGAAGUCUUCAGCAGCCAACUCGGUGAGGUUCUGGUGAUUGGUUCAAGUCUUCCAGUCAUCGCUGUUCCGGGUGAUGAUGUCAUCCUGCCGUGUCACCUUGAGCCCACGUUCAAUGUCCAGGGUCUGACGGUGGAGUGGUCCAAACCCGACCUGAAGCCCGACCCGUCGGACCGGCUGAGCCGAGUGGAGUACGUUCACCUGUACAGGGACAGGAAGGAGGUCCCCGACAUGAAGAUGGCCUCGUACUUCAGGAGGACGGAGCUGUUCAUGGACGCCAUGAAACACGGGAACAUUUCACUGAAGAUCCUGAACGUGUCGGAGGAAGACAACGGCAGAUACAGAUGCUUCAUCCCCAAGCUGAGGAGCAGAGUGAAAGCUGCUGUUGUUGAACUUGUAGUCGACCCAAACUAUGGGAAAAUCUCAUUGACAGAGACCCCACUGCAUCCCAGAAACUUCCAAACUCCAGAUCCUCAGGACACGACUCAGAGAAACGCAGGUCGGUCCAGGGUUGCUGUGCUAAUCUCCAUCAUCAUCGUUUCUUUACUUGUAGUCACUGCAUUUGCUGCUUAUUUCUCUCGCCAUCACACAAAAGAAGCAUUCAGAGGACCAGGGGAUCCAAAGUCAUAACAAUUACCAGUGCUUUGCACAAAGGAUCAUUGGUGUUAAUGGAGCGGAGAGCGUUGGAGGUUUAGCUUUCCUGGAUCCUGACAAUUUGCUUGGUAAUUCAAACCAGCAGCCACUGGGAGACACUUCAGUCCAGCAGCACUGAGAUCGUCAUAAGGUCACUUUUACAAAAGUGUUUAACAACUAUCAGAUAAAACACAGAGUGGAUACUACACAGUAUCUACACAGCAAAUAAAUGAAAGAUGUUACAUGCAAGUUAUUAUUUUCAUAAAUAACAAGAAGCACUCUGAGAGCACAAAGCUCUGCUGACGAAAGUAUUUACUUAAAAAAAGUUUUCUAUUUUGUAUGUGUUCAUUUUUUUCUUUGUUUGUUUGUACUUUAUGAAGUUUGCAAAGCAGUAAAUAUCUCAUAAUAAUCUGACAGAGGUUUACUUUGAUUGCACAAGCAUUAUGUAGGAGUCAUGGAUGAAUAACAGGUAUUUAUUUGUAAAUAACUGACUAUAUAAAACUUGAGCUGUUUAUUUAAUUUUACACUAUAGUAUAUUUCUGACUAACUGGGCAGCUUACCAUCUUUCUCUGGGGUCAACUUAAAAAAUCUUUUAUUUGGUAUGAAAAUUCACAGUUAACCUCGCUGACGUGAAGCAUGCUUAAACUUGACCAUGGAUGGAGAGAUGGUGUCUCUGAUUUUUAAAUGUUUGUCUUGACAUUUGUUCUACUUGUUUUUAUUUUUUAUGAACUUUAACGUGUUUCUUUUAUUUGUCUUUAAUGUUUAAAAUCACCUUCUUCCCGCUCUUUGUAAACUUUGCGUUAUAAAUACAUUAUUCCAUGCCUCAUAUUUAUUUAUUUAUUUAUCAUUUCUGUGUGUUGUUUCCUGUUUGCAUUUUAUGAAGUUUUCAAACUGUUUGAUUGGAUAAAAGUUUGUAUUUUUGUGAAUUAUUUUGUGUUUCAGAGAUAUUAAAAUCCUCUACAGAGUUUUAUUAUUCUUAGUUCAGUCUGAUGCAGUCAUCUCUUACUACAUUACACACAUACACACUGUUCCCUCUUACGGUGUGUUCACACCGAACGCAAUAGGCGCGAGCGAAAACGCCCCAAACGCCCCUAAUUUGACGCCUGCACAUUCGCACCUCGACGCGUGUCCAACAGA